AUGCGCAGGCGAGGUGGAAGAGUUUAUCACAAGCCAGCUGCAAGGCAGGCAGACCCGGUAACAAAUAAAGCUGACACGAUUCAACCAGAGAAAGCUCUCUGUGGAAAUCAUCAAUUUUCUGACUCUCUCGUACAAAUACCCAAUAAAUCUAAUCACGGCGAGCUUUGGAGGAAGAUCAAACAAUGGACAACUGCACCAUAUCAACCUCAAUUGGUGAUGAGGGGACUCAAGGACUUCGCCGUGACUCUUCAAGUUGCAAUGAUCGCACCCGGCAUGUCUUACAAAGAUCAGGCCGAUCUUCUGCUCCUUGUGCUAAGCGAAGACGCGUCACAAGGCUCUAAGCUCCCUCCCUUCGAACUAUUGAUCCGAUACAUUGGCGAUAUUCUGAGGCAUAAUCGAAGAAAUGAAUACUUCAUCUACCAGGGUUGGCUGCCUACGCUGACUUUUUUGACUUCGGAAGUGCUUCUGACUUGGCUUGACCAAGGCGUGAUCAACAGAUUGUAUGAUACAGUCAACCAGAACGUCGAGAUGAUAUGUGAAACAAUCGAAUCAUUUUCUUGGCCUGAUGAUCCUGGCAAUGGAUUGAUCACAUAUCGCGCUUUCACGACCUUUUACCUAAUAUUAAGACAGUAUACUAUUCGCUUCCAUACUCGAUUACGCGCGGUCGACAAGAUUCGGUUAACAUUGGGUAAACUCAUAAGGGAGGUGGAUGAUCGAAAGAUCUUACAGGCUUCCAACCCUCAGUCUAGCUUGGAAACAUCACAACAAGACUUAUUCUCAUCAUUAUCCUCCAACGAGCGUGAAUACCUUUUACUUAACUUGGCCAACAAUUUGAAAGAUUUGCACAGAAAGCUAGCUCAAUGGGAUACAACAGUCGAAGCUUUGUCAACACAACCGCAAACGCCAUCGCAAAGCAAAAUUUCUAGGGUGACAGCGACCUGUGAAAACGACAAAGCAUUGCAUAUCCUUCAACAAAGAUGGGUCCCACCAGGAGGUCGACACUCGAAUGAUCAUCAUUCGAUAAGCAAAAUAAAAUGCUUUCCUACUAUCGAUGAACUUCUCUGCGACACAGAACCAUGCUUUCCAGCCAACUUCCCGCUUGCGCCACAUCACAUUGUCACAAACGGUGUUGAAAGACAGCUUGAUACAUGUUUCCGACUUAUGCGUGAAGAUUUCGUUUCUCCGAUUCGAGAUGUACUCAAAGCUUUUCGCAAAGAGAGUAAAUCAAAGGGCUCAAAAAUCUUUUGCACUAAUGGUCGCGUCAAACUGAAUCACGAAGGAUCGGAUAUAGUGUGUGGGAUAUUUCAAGGCGCAUGUGUUGAAAAUAUGGAGGUUUGUCCUCAGAAAGAAAGCCUUUGUUUGGUCAUCACGGCUACAUGGACAAAGUCUCAAAAAGUUUUAGAAGAUACUGGGAACUUAAGAAACAAAAAUUUAGUCGGUAUAUUUGACGGUAAUCAAUUUCAUCUUGGACUUCUCAAAUCCGAUGCUACUGCAACAGUAAACAAUAAAUUAGAAGUUCUCGUCAAGCCUUUACAUCAACAAACGUACAAUUGGGGAUUCGCUCAAUCCAGAAAAGUUUCAAAUAACCACUCAUCUAAAUUUAUACUGUUCGAAAUCCCAAACCUUGUUGCCGAGGUACAACUACAAUAUCUUGAAGUCAUUCGUCAAAAACACUAUUAUGAGGUACCAUUCAAACCCUAUUUGGGGGUACCCAUGCUUGAUGAAAAUCAAAAGAUAGAUUUAUCAGUACCGAUGUAUCCGCGAAACCCUGGAUUCGCUUGGAACUUAUCUUGCUUGCUUGGCAGACCUCUGGGUGACAGAAAUACGCCUGUCCGACUUUCUGAUCCCGGAAGUAAAGCAGCUACAGUUGAGCAAAUUGUAGAAAGUGGAAAGCUCGAUCAGUCUCAAGCAGAGGCCUUGAUUCACUGCCUAUCCAGUGAAGUAGCUCUGAUCAAAGGGUACAGGAAAGAGCCAUUUUUAGAAAAGCUCUACGAAAGCAACGUUACGGGAAGAUUUACUCGUAUAGGUGUGGGAUCAAAAUCCGAAUUAAUACAACCUUUUAAUCUGAACUGUCAAAGAAACCCCCUGAGUCGAGUCGCAAGAGAAGCAGUCAGAAAGCAACGUGGGCUCAUCGAAGAGAUAACAGCAGAAAUUGAUGAUAGGUGCAAUAUGGCUUUCAAAGGAAAAGAUCACGUCAUACCAGUGCACCGUUUGGAGAGUCUAAGGUCCAAAGCAUGUGACGGCAUACUUGAUCCACCAAGUUUCAUACGCGAUGCCUUAUCCUUAUUUCAUCAGGAAGGAUGGACGGUCGUCAAUUCUACUUCGAAAAGCACAUCUGCCCAGGACCCCCGAAUGAAGGACUGGCUCGAAUGUAACGACUUUGCUGCGCGUGUUGAUUCCCGAAAGGUCAUUGAAGCACAGAAGGCGAAUCAAUCUUUGAUUCAACCAAGUCAAGUGGGUGGUAAUAGUAUAGAUCCGUUUGAAAUUUAUGCCUUCAACUCAUCUUUGUGUGACAUGAUUCAGAGAUCGAGCAGUGAAAUUGCUACUACCUUCUAUGCGUUGGAAUAA